CCACAUAUAUUACAUGUACACAUAGGUAGAACGCAGAUAAUCAUAGCGUGGUAAUUAUCCACUUGACAGCUGCUAAUCCUCGGCUGACCGUUUAACGUUUGUCACGAUCUUGACAUUCUGACAAUCAGCCUCGAAAACUUCCAUAUAUAUAUACUUUCACGAGCUUUGGAGAAAUUCAAAUGGUCUGAGAAACCUAUUAAAGAUUAUCAUUUACGACGUUUAUCUUAAUGAUAUAUAUUACGAUAACUAUAUAUAUAUAUAUAUAUAUCUAGUUAUCGUGAUAAUGUAUCGUAUACAUGUAAAGAAAAAUGUCAUGGUCUAUAGUGAUCAUAUAUAAUGAUCAUUGAAUGUGUUGCAAUUUCAUUAUUAUCUUGCAAUCUUGUGGAUUUAGACGAUUAAAUAUUAUAUAAGUAGGAAAGUUUUCAUUUUUUUGUAGCAAAAAAGGAAGGUGUAUAAGAGAUUUAAAAAAUAAACUUUUAUUCAUAAAUAUUGUUUUUAUAAAAGUUACGGUUUUGGAAAAUAAAAGAUUCUCCUUCAACACUUUCUAUUUUUGGUUUUGGAGAUAGAAAGAAGAAUUUCAAAAGAAUGAAAAUUAAACAAAAAUUUUGAUUCAUUUUCCUUUGAUUUUUUGUUCAAAAAUAUGAUUUAAUUAUCAAAAGGAGAAAAUAAUAGCAAUACACGCAAAAUACGCAUGGUAAAUAUGAAAUAAUAAUUAUCCUUGUACACAUAAUUUUCUCGAUAAUAAACUUUACAUUUUCUCACGUUAAUGGUUAGCUAUUGCAACAUACAUCUUUGUAUAUACAACUUUUUUCAAUAACCUUUUAAAUCAUUCAUUGCGUUACGAAUUAAUUUUCUUAUUUUUACGACGGUAUUAAAUCGUAAAUUGCACGUUAUAAAGUAAUUUAUCCCAACACGUAUUAUACAAACAACAUAUUGCGAAAAAGUUGGAAAACGAUAUUAACGAAGAAGAUGAAAGAAAGUUUUAAACGAAAUCAAGAAUAAAUUUUCAAAAAUUCGUAAAAAGGAUCGCAUAUAGAGUCGAUGUUUAAGCUCUUCGUAAAGCGCAAAACGUUCACGAUUCCCUCAUAAAUUCGCGUCUUCUCGUCGAGUUUUGUUAUCAUUACAUGUUAACAUCUUUGUUAUCAUUAUUAUCCUUCGCGAACAUGGUGGAUCUGCGUAGUGGAGAAAAUCGUAUCGUCCCAAAAGAGCCGCGCUUUUUACGAUGCUUUAUUACGCGAGAUACAUCUGCGACACAUGUUGAACGAAACUGCUUCGGCUUUAGUAAUCGGCCUCCGUAUCUAGGAUCGCACGUGCCAACGCGUAAUCGAGCGACGGUGUCGUCCCUCCUCGACCGUGGAUGCAGCCGGGUAUCGGAGGUGGAGGUGGCGCGGCCCACACAGGUGGGACAGGUGACGACGAAGCUCCGAAAGAUCCCGGUGUUCGGAUCACUCAUCAACCUUUCACCGAGAAAGACUACGAAGGUCACAGAGCGCACACGGUGUAUGUGGGCGUGCAUCUACCAGGCGAAAGGAGACAUCGUCGUCAUCACAAGCACCAUCAUUCUCAACGUCAAACGUACAGUACCGAUAAGGAUAAUGUCGACAACGAUAGGCCCAGACAAUUGCUGAUGACUCGAAGGAGUCGACUAUCUAGUAUCUGCGAUCCCGACGGCGAGAUGAUACUUACACCCCCAGCCCAGAGGGUGCAAUUUAUUCUGGGCGAAGAAGUUGGCGACGAUGCACACGAAUCCCAUCCUCUCUUCUCCGAGAUGGAGGAGCUCGUCAAGGAUGGUGACGAGAUGGAAUGGAAGGAAACAGCCAGGUGGAUCAAAUUUGAGGAAGAUGUCGAGGAGGGUGGAAAUAGAUGGAGCAAACCACACGUAGCGACUCUCUCGUUACACGCCCUCUUCGAACUGAGGAGCCUGCUGUUAAAUGGAACUGUGAUGUUGGACAUGGAAGCGAACAGUCUUGAACAGAUUGCUGAUUUGGUUCUCGAUAAUAUGAUCAAUAAAGGCUCGUUGCCGGCCGAGUCGAGAGAAAAGGUCAGAGAAGCUCUUCUGGUGAGGCAUCGGCAUCAACACGAGAGACGUAAAGAUAACAACAUGUCUAGGCUACCUAUUAUCAGAUCAUUGGCCGAAAUAGGCCGAAAUCAUUCCUCUUCGAAGAAUUACGACUGUACGUGUGGUUUGCAUGCGUUGUUGACGUCAGAUUUACAGGAGCGUCGCGGUAGGGACGCCUACGCGCCCUCCGUCGCUCGCAGCAGCAGUUGUCCAAAUCCAAACACAGCUCUACUUUCGAAAGAAACGAAAGAUUUGAAAGGACCGUAUCUUCUGGUUCCAGGCCAAGAACCAGGCUCUAACGGAAUGGAUCGAAGUCCGAGUAGCGUGUCAAUUAGUCGAAAUCACAGUUCGUCCGCCUUAGAAAAUGGAGACGCGAAUCACAAGGGUAAUACGCAUUUUAUGCGGAAGAUACCAGCGGGAGCCGAGGCGAGUAAUAUUCUCGUAGGAGAGGUAGAUUUUUUAGAUAAAACUCUAUCGGCUUUUAUUCGAUUGAGCCAAGCUGGAAUAAUGGGUGAUUUGACGGAAGUUCCUGUGCCAACGAGAUUUAUAUUUGUUCUGCUUGGACCAACGGGAGGGCUGACAGGUUUCCACGAGAUUGGUCGUGCAAUGGCUACUUUGAUGUCCGACGAGGUGUUCCACGAUGUGGCUUACAAGGCGAAAAACAGAAAUCAUCUUCUCGCCGGAAUUGACGAGUUCUUGGAUGCGGUCACGGUUCUACCACCAGGAGAAUGGGACCCUGCAAUCAGAAUAGAACCGCCUGCCGCCAUUCCUUCGCAGGAUGUAAGAAAACGACCAAAAGAAGAAAAACCGAAAGAAGAAUUGGACGAAGAAGCUGAUGAACAAAAAUUGAGGGAAGAAUCCGGACUGUCGAGGUCUGGUAAGCUUUUCGGUGGUUUGAUAAACGAUAUCAAGAGGAAAGCGCCGUUUUACUUCUCCGACUUCAAAGACGCGUUGGCUCUCCAAUGUGUAGCUUCUUUUAUCUUUCUAUACUUUGCCUGUCUCUCGCCUAUAAUCACAUUUGGCGGUUUACUGGGCGAGGCUACGGGAAAAAAUAUGGCCGCCAUGGAGUCGUUGGUAUCUGGUUUCGUUUGCGGUAUCGGAUAUGGAUUUUUUUCUGGACAACCUUUAACCAUCCUCGGUUCAACCGGUCCCGUUUUAGUCUUCGAGACGAUAGUCUAUGAAUUCUGCAAGAAAUCGGAUUGGAACUACAUGUCGUUCCGUUUUUGGAUCGGCUCAUGGAUAACCUUAAUUUUGAUAAUUCUCGUAGCGAUCGAUGCUAGUGCUUUCGUGUGCUACAUCACACGUUUCACAGAGGAAAACUUCGCCACCCUGAUCGCGUUUAUCUUUAUCUAUAAAGCCAUUGAAAACGUAUUGUCCAUUGGUAAGAAAUAUCCUAUUAAUACCCAUGCAAACGAUCCGUUCGACUACGAGUGUUGGUGUAGGCCGCCGAACGGCAGUCUACCGUCUAGCUACGACAACGUUAAUUGGACGGCUCUCGAUCAAAAAACGUGCCAGAAUUACAACGGUACGCUAGUGGGCGACGGUUGCAACCUACCGCACUAUAUACCUGAUGUGUUCCUCAUGUCAAUUAUACUAUUCAUGGGCACAUUUCUGUUAUCCGUCGAGCUCAAAGAUUUCAAGAACGCUCUCUUCUUUCCAUCAAAGGUCAGACAAGUCGUUAGUGAUUUUGCGGUGAUCAUAGCAAUUUUUUCGAUGAGUACUCUCGAUCAUUUCGCGAAUAUUCCGACGCCGAAACUCGAGGUACCAACGGAAUUCAAGCCAACGUUGGCCGAUCGAGGAUGGAUAAUCUGGCCUUUUCAAAGUAAUCCAUGGUGGAGCGCUAUUGUUGCAAGUCUGCCAGCUUUAUUAGGUACUAUAUUGAUUUUUAUGGAUCAACAAAUCACAGCCGUGAUAGUAAAUAGGAAAGAGAAUAAAUUAAAGAAAGGAUGUGGCUAUCAUUUGGAUCUAUUCAUUCUCGCGAUUCUGAUAGAAAUUUGCUCGGUAAUGGGAUUACCCUGGUUCGUAGCGGCAACGGUGCUUUCGAUUAAUCAUGUGAACUCGUUGAAACUGGAAUCGGAAUGCGCCGCACCAGGAGAAAAACCACGGUUCCUUGGUGUUCGCGAGCAACGAGUAACGCAUAUUUUAAUCUUUUUGAUGAUCGGUUGUUCGGUCCUACUCACACCAAUGUUAAGACACAUACCUAUGCCGGUAUUAUUUGGGGUUUUUCUUUAUAUGGGAGUCGCUUCGUUGAAAGGACUUCAAUUUUUCGACAGAAUUUUAAUUAUGUUGAUGCCGGUUAAAUACCAACCCGAUUAUAUGUUCCUUCGUCAGGUACCAUUGAAACGCGUACACCUAUUUACAACGAUACAAUUGACUUGUUUAGCCUGUUUGUGGAUCAUCAAAUCCUUCAGCAGCACUUCCAUUCUCUUCCCUUUGAUGCUGAUGGUGAUGAUUGGAAUACGCAAGUCCUUAGAUUUGAUGUUCACACAACGGGAGUUGAAGAUCCUGGACGAUAUUAUGCCGGAACCAAGCAAAAAACAUGCCGAAGAUCUUCGUCAACUGGAGAGCGGCGAGGAACAAAACGAAUCCAUCGGAUACGGUCCAUCAGGUAAUAUACAAAUCUCAUUGGCGAAUGGCAACAUUAUGAAAAUCCCAAUGGCGAGCAUCAAUAUCAGCGAAGAAGUGAAUAAGACAGGGAUUUGGCAACAAGUAAAUGAGGGCAACGAGAAAAUGAAACAAGUCAAACUAAUCAACGCGGGAAAGCAAAAAAAGCACUCGAAGAAAGAUAACUUGUUGAUGGCCGACGAGACUACGAGGCUGACUACGAUGACCGAAGAGGAUGAAGAUGACAGUGGGAUCUCUAUCAAGGUGACAAACGUAGACUUGAUACGAUCGAAGGAAAGCAUCAGCCCGUUAACGAUUAACGGCACUACUUCGGCCGAGACUUCUGUUUAACGAAAACAACGCUACACUGGGAACGAUUCGCGAGAUCGUUUUUAAUCGUUAAAAUAUCCCGAAGAUUCCAAUUAAUCGAUACAAUAUGUUUUAAUUUUUGUCGUACGCGUUAUUGCCAGCCAAGUUACAAACACAAUUAUGGUGAAUCGUUGAAAGAAAAUUAUCAAGAACAAUAACCAAAUUGAAGCAUACGGAACACUUUGAUGAUAUAUGAAAGUUUAAACAGCGAUAAAAAUAAGUGAAAAAUAAUUUUUUUUUGUUUUACAGAGAAUAAAAUCGCAUGCAAGACUAUCUUAUCUCAUUGCAUUUGUAAUUUGAUCGAGUGCAAUUAAUGAGUGCCACUGACAUAUAUCUAGAUUGUAACUAACAUGAACGUAUUUUAUUCAUAUAAAAAAAAAAAAGAAAAAAAAAGAAAAAAAGAAGAAAUUGAAGAAACGCACAUGAUUAAAAUUUAAAAUAAAAUGUUUUAGCUUUAAGAUUCGAUUCACUGAUAAUUUGAUGCGUGAAUUGUCAUUUAUUGAAUCAUGAAUUUAUUGAUGAAAAUUUAUCGUUGUCGGUGUGCAAUAACGUGUAAUUUGUAAUUUAACGAUUAUAUGGAUUAAAGAUAGUUCGUGCCCAUUCGAAGAGGAUGAUAAGUAUGCCAAGAAAACCCCUUUGAUAUGUCGACGUUUCCUUCGAGGGAUGUCUCGUAGAGAAGCUUGGCCGAACAUGUCCUCGAUCAUAAAAAAAAAGUUGAAAAAUUGAUAAAAUUCAUCCUCGAUCAACAAAUUAUGCAACAUUAACAACUUCUUUUUUUAACUCGAUUGGUUUUUAUGCAAAUUCUUAAAGAGUAUUUUCUGAAAAUUUUCGAUAUACGUAUAAUACCGGCCAACAGCGACAAUAUAUAUAUUAUUUAAUAGAAUAAAUGUACAUCUUUUUUACACUGAAAUUUAAUUGUAUGAAAAUUCAUUCGGGAAGAAUUAAUAUCAGAGAACAUUUUCUAUAUUUUUUUAUCAAAAUUUUAGCACGACUGAAUUUUCCCAUGUGUAACGCCGUCCCUUGAAGGAUGUCCUUUUUUUCAAGAAAGGGAAACGAACAAUGAGAUUUUUAUCAUACUGCAGUCUUUCACAUAGUAAGUGUAACGAUCUCGAUUUUUAAAAAUUUAAAUAAAAAUUUAUGCGGAUCGUUACACGAAUAAGUUAUCAUUUUUCUUCUCCGAUUUUCGACCCGAUCGAUGGAAACGAAACGAUUGGUGUGAGAAGAUUAAAAGAGAAUAUUUAAUACGAUAUUUUUCAAAUGACACGUUAUCGAAUUAUUAUACACGUUAAAUUUCCAAGGCUUUACAAAUACAGUCGAAAAUUGCGUGAUAAGUCGGUAAACGAGGAACGAUUGAAUUUUUUGUAUUUCGCGAAAAAACAUCGUAAAUUAAAGAAUGAUAAGGGGGCAUUAAUAAGCCUCAUCCUGUACAACAUAUAUUGGAACAUCUCCAUUGAUAUAAUUACAACAAAGUACGAAACAAGGCAAUCGUGUUGAUGUUACGUGUGUUUGUAUAUAUUUAAGAAAGAAAAUCAUCUGCAGUUCUGUAUACGCUCGCAAUGGGAAAGAAGUCAUUAAUUGGAGCUAUACGCGAACUUUUCUGAUGAUGUUUAAGAAAUAUGUUUGUUAAAUCGCUGCUUAAGUAUUAACUGGUUGUGAUUAGAUUUUCCACUGUGAAAGACCGUUAUUUGCGCCUUUUGUUUUAAAGAUACAAAAAAAACACCAUUUUGUAUAUCAUGUGCGAGAUAAAUGAAACUCUUCUUUAAAAGAUAGAUGUAAAAAAUUAAUAAAAUGAUGAAGAGAUGUGAAACGAUAUUCUGCUAGAUAAUAUAUUAAUUGCAUACAGUAACAUUUAAUUUGAAUAUUUUAUAAAAAUCGCAAACAUGUUUACUGCGUCUUUUUUAUAAAAAUAUUAAGCGUAAGCGUAUAUUGUGCAUUAUUUAGAAGAUCUAGUCCAGCAUAAUCAUAAAUGGAAUAAAGAUUUUUCAAAAAUAAUGAUGAUCGAUCGAAGUUGAAAGCGUAGAAAUAUAAAUUUAAGCAUAGUAUCGUAUAGCAUCAAAUAUAUAGGGUUUUGUUACCAGUUUGUUUUAUAUAUACUAAAGUUUAUACGUAAAAUUCAUCAUUCUCGAUAUCAUUUAAUUUUCAACAUGAAUAGAAAAGUGUGUAAUGAAUAAUUUUGUUAAUAAUUAAGCAGUACUUGGGUAUAAAGGAUAAACAAAUUGCACACAAUUGUGAUUGAUUAUGUGGUGUGCAUAAUACACACAACCGAGAAGACUCAUUGCGAGCAACAAUGUAUAUAAUCAGCUGCAAUCAUAUAAUUCGCUGCCAUGCAUGCAAUCGAUGUAUUAGUAGUCCUCUUUAACGGAAUUGCUGAUAAAUUCUGAUUAAAAAAAAAAAAAAAAAAAUAGAA